CUUAGCUUUCAUCAACUGCAGUCUGCACCCCUAGGGUCUCGGAAACAGCCCCUGCCGUCAGAGGCGAAAGGCAAGCACAGGGUCCGAGACCGAGCUUUGAAUGACAGCAGAGAGCCCGACGGCCACGGGACCUGCAUGACUCCAGUUCCGGCCCUCGGCAGCCCAGAUUCUGCGGUAGGAGGAUCGGCUCAUCAAAACUGCGCCACAGAACCACCAAUCUUUGCUAGCCCGGAACCUGGAAGCAUCUAAGGGCGGGUGUUUCCGUUAUAUCACUUCCGCUUCCUGUUUCCAGCCUUAAAUCGGUCCGGGGCUCGCAGUCGAGCUAGAAGUUGUGUCGUCGAUAAGCUCGAGGGGUUUAGAGCUCCAGCCACGAUGAUUGAGGUGGUUUGCAACGACCGUCUAGGAAAGAAAGUCCGCGUCAAGUGCAACACCGAUGACACCAUCGGGGACUUGAAGAAACUGAUAGCGGCCCAAACUGGCACCCGUUGGAAUAAGAUCGUUCUUAAAAAGUGGUAUACGAUUUUUAAGGACCACGUGUCUCUGGGAGAUUAUGAAAUCCAUGAUGGGAUGAACCUGGAGCUUUAUUACCAAUAGACGGAAAUUCCUUCUCCUUGUCUACCCUGCCUUCCUCAACCACCCUCUUUUGACACUGGUAUAGAUGCCCAUUUUUAAUGAUUCACAUGAAUAAAAACUUCAAUGCUGCUUUGUUGCUGUUA